AUGGGGUCUUUCAAAAGUCUUUUGCUUCUCUUCAUCCUCACCCCUAUAUUUGCUGCAUCAACUGCCCCGCCACACGCAUUUGACCUUCAGACACGAGAUCUACCGACAGGGACUUGUAAUGCGAAUACUCCUUGUGUGAAUGGCGCAUGUUGCGGAAGUGACAAUCUUUGUGGAUACUCGCCCAAGUCAUGUGCAACCGGCUGUCAAUCAAAUUGCAACGCAAAGGCGGAGUGUGGACCGUAUGCGGUAGCAGGCAGUCAGGGAUGCCCGCUGAACGUCUGUUGUUCGGAGUUUGGCUUCUGUGGGUCUACACCUGAGUUUUGCGUUUGGAACAACACUGCCGAUCCAAACUACAGCGAAUGCAGUACCAAGUAUGGCGGAUGCGGCUCUGUUCCACGUCCAUCAUGCGGAGGGGCAUCUGGGGUUUCCAAACGGAACGUUGGCUACUAUGAGUCCUGGGCAAAUACCCGUUCUUGCCAAAGCGUUUCUCCUGAAGACCUUAAUCUUGAUGGCUUCACAUCCAUCAACUUUGCAUUUGCAUCCUUCGAUGCCAUCAGCUUCUCAAUCACGCCCAUGGAUUCAAAUGCAGGCUCUCUGUAUAGUCGAUUUACUGCCUUGAAGAGUAAGAAGCCUGGGCUGCAGGCCUUUAUCUCCAUUGGCGGAUGGUCCUUUACAGAUCCUGGACCAACGCAAAAAGCCUACACGAACAUGGUGAGUAGCGAAGGGAACCGAGCGAUGUUUAUCAACAAUAUUAUCAACUUCAUGGAAACUUACGGUUUCGAUGGUGCGGAUCUGGACUGGGAGUAUCCAGGAGCCGAUGACCGUGGGGGUAUUCCCGCAGAUACUGCGAACUAUGUCGCCCUGUGCAAAGAGAUGAGCGCCGCAUUUGGAUCCAAAUUUGAGCUCACCGUCACAAUUCCCACGUCAUAUUGGUAUCUCCAGCACUUUGACCUCGCCAAGAUGCAGGACUCAAUAAGCUGGUUCAAUCUUAUGGCAUACGAUCUGCACGGAGUCUGGGAUGCGCAGAGCCGAUAUGUAGGCCCCUACAUUGCUCCUCAUACCAAUAUUACCGAGAUUGACUUGGCCUUGGAUUUGCUUUGGCGCGCUGGUGUCGAUUCAAAUAAAGUCGUCAUGGGCCAAGGCUGGUAUGGUCGAAGCUUCACACUAGCGGACCCGAGCUGCAAUACCCCUAAUGGCAUCUGCAAGUUCCCAAGUACUAACGGAGGCGGCAACCCUGGACCAUGCUCGAAGGCGAGUGGAAUCCUCGAUUACCAAGAAAUCACCGAUAUCAUUACGAAGAACAGUCUGACCCCCGUUCAUGAUAAGACUGCCGGUGUCAAAUGGAUCACUUGGGACACCAAUCAAUGGGUUUCCUAUGAUGAUGCAGAUACUUUUGCGCAGAAGCGCGAUUUCGCGAGUAGCCGGUGCCUGGGUGGCAUGAUGGUUUGGGCUAUGGAUCAAGUCGACCAGACGGCGAGCAAGGGCUUUGGUGGCGCUUCAGGCGCAGCUGGUAUCACUGUGACCCCUGACCAGCAAGCAAACGCGAACCAGGCCACUGCUGAUCAAGCGGCUACCGGGUCCUGUUACACCGAGGAUUGCGGUGUUCCCUGUAAGGCCGGCACGAAUGAAGUUGCUCAGUACAAUGGCCAGCCUGGCCAACUGAGUACCAACGACCGCUGUCAAAAGAAGAAAUAUCGAAGUCUCUGUUGUGACGACAAAACGCAGGUGGGGACAUGCACUUGGCGCGGGUACAGAGGGGCAGGUCUAAGCUGCACUACUGGGUGUGCUUCUGGAGAGACAGAGCUCACAACGAACACCAACCAGCAUACCAAAAAAGGCGAUAAAAACUGUCACGGAGGCGCCCAGAGUUUUUGCUGCGCAAACUUCAAGCCCCCUACUAGUUCGCUGAAACAUGACCUCGAAGAUGCUGCAAAAGCUGCUGCGGAGGCUGCCGCUCAGCAGGCUGCGCUUGAUAUCGCAGCCAAAGCCUUCUGCCGCGUUGCUGUUCCUGCUCUUUUGGCGCCUUUGGAGGCUCUUGAGGACCUUAUCCCAAUUAUUGGUGAGAUUGCUGAUCUUGUUGAAAUUGCCGCAACACCAGCGAUCAUACAAGGUUGCGUCAAGGGUAUCGAGAAGGAGGGUUCUGCUGAGUUCAAAGUGUUUGGCAAAAAGCACACAGUGUCCGCUUCAAAUCAUCCACCAGCGAAGACAGGCGACAAGGGCGAGCCUACGUGCAAACCCAAAGCAAAACGAGGUAGCGAAAUCCGGGCUGCACCUAAACCCGUACCGACGGAGAGCAUUUAUGACGCCGACGACACCACGUUCAAGAUCCUGAUGAAAGCUAGCAAGAUACCUAGUAGUGCGUGGACAGUGAGCAGGAGCGGGGAGGGACACGCCAUGCGACUAAGCGUGCGGCCCGAGUUCUUCUCAGUUCCUCAUGCCAUUUACAUUGCCGGCUAUGUCGUAAUUAGUUACCAUGAUCAAGAAAUAAAGGAUCAAUGCGGAGAGGUCGUACGCGUCCAGCGCCAGUGGAACCGCGAGUACAAUGCCGGGGAAUACGAAUUAGUCUUCAACACAAACCCAGACCAGAACCCGACAAGGGCAUGCACCCUUGGUGGUCACGCUGGGAGACUCGAUUGGGCGACUACCCUCCAAAAAAAAUACCCACACUACAAGUAUCUCGGUCGCAUCAAACCGGGCCUGACCAACAGCGAUAUUAUAACAGAGUCAAACAUUGUGCUCGCAAAUAUGGGGAAAUACAGUCAGAUUAGGAAUAAUUGCUUUACUUUUGUCAAGAAGAUAUACGCGGAUGAGGCCGCAUAG